AUGGCGGCGAAGUCGGACGGGGGGGUCCUGAAGAUGAAGAAGAGCGACGUGGCCUUCACGCCGCUGCAGAACUCGGAGCACUCGGGCUCGGCGCACGGGCUCCACGCGGGCGCGCAGACCGACUUCGCGGGCACCGGCGACUGCGACUUCGCCAACGGGGAGUCGCGGUGCUGCGGCGGCGGGAGCGGCGUGGGGGGCUCCAACGCGCCGGGCCCUCGCGCGGGCCCGGAGCAGCAGCAGUACACGCUGUGGGACUGCCUGUGGAUCGUCGCCGCCGUGGCCGUGUAUGUGGCCGACGUGGGCACCGACGUGUGGUUGUCGGUGGACUACUACCUGCGGCGCGAGUACUGGUGGUUCGGCCUGACGCUCUUCUUCGUGGUGCUCGGCUCCUUCUCGGUGCAGCUCUUCAGCUUCAGAUGGUUCGUCCACGACUUCGGCACCGAGGACGGGGGCGCCGAGUCCGCCGCCGCCGACUGCGCCCACGCGAACGGGAACAAGCUGCUGAGCGGCUCGGCCUCGCACGGCGACGUCACCGCGCAGCACCACCCCGCCACGCCGCAGCGGCAGGCGUCCACCGCGAGCAGGAACACCGCGACGAACAGCACGGCGAGCACCGCGGGGGGCGGGGGCGGCCGGAGGAGGUCGGCCCACUACAGCUUCUGCGUCUGGUUCGGCCAGUCCGUCAUCCACAUCCUCCAGAUGGGCCAGAUAUGGAGGUAUCUCCACACCAUCUACCUGGGCGUCCGGAGCCAUCGGAGUGCAGAGACGGAGCGGUGGCGUUACUACUGGAGGAUGGUCUACGAGUUCGCCGACGUGAGCAUGCUGCACCUGCUGGCCACCUUUCUGGAGAGCGCGCCGCAACUGGUGCUGCAGCUGUGCAUCAUCAUUCAGACGAACAAGCUGCAGGCGGUGCAAGGUAUGACCGCUGCAGCCUCCCUGGUCUCCCUGGCCUGGGCCCUGGCCUCCUACCAGAAGGCCUUGAGAGAGUCUCGGGAUGACAAGAAGCCCAUCAGCUACCUGGCGGUGCUCAUCCAGUUCUGUUGGCACUUCUUCACCAUCGCCGCGAGGGUCAUCACCUUCGCCCUGUUCGCCUCCGUGUUCCAGCUCUACUUUGGCAUCUUCAUCGUGCUGCACUGGUGCAUCAUGACCUUCUGGAUCGUCCACUGCGAGACGGACUUCUGCAUCAGCAAGUGGGAGGAGAUAGUGUUUGACAUGGUGGUGGGCAUCAUCUACAUCUUCACCUGGUUCAACGUCAAAGAGGGGCGGACAAGGUGUCGGCUCUUCAUCUACUACCUGGUGAUCCUGGUGGAGAACGCUGCUCUCGGUGCGUUGUGGUAUCUCUACCGGACGCCUCGCACCACCGACGCCUUCGCGGUGCCCGCCCUCUGCGUCAUCUUCAGCAGCUUCCUCACCGGGGUGGUCUUCAUGCUCAUGUACUACGCCUUUUUCCAUCCCAACGGGCCGCGCUUCGGGCGCUCGCCGAGCGGCCAGGGGCUCGACCUGGACCCCGCCGCUCAGUUCUCCACGCUGCCGUCCGAAGGCGCCACCAACUCGCUCCGUUCCAACCGCGGUUCCGCCGCCGCCACCCUGGAGCGGGACGCGGGGAAGUAUUCCGAGCGGGACGGCUGCAUGCCGGUAUUUCAGGUGCGACCCACGGCGCCGUCCACGCCGUCGUCUCGCGCCGCGCGCCUCGACGAGACCGUCAUCAAGAUCGACCUUUGUAGGAACCGCUACCCGGCCUGGGAGCGCCACGUCCUCGACCGCAGUAUACGCAAGGCCAUCCUGGCCAUCGACUGCUCGCCGACGCCUCCACGGCUGCAGUACAAAGAUGACGCUCAGGUGCAGGAGAGGCUGGAAUACGAGACCACGUUGUAGCUCCAACCGGCUCCAACCAGAUCCCAGCGUGGAGGAUUAUCCUGCAGUCACACAAACAGCAACAGGGACUGUUGCCAUAAAGAAUUUGAUACGAGCAACUAUUCCACUUUUCAUCCCUCAUUACACUUUUUUCUGUUUCUAUUCCUCGGGCAUCUGAGUGCCCACCCAGGGACAUUCAGCCCUGGUGGUCGGGAUCGGAGGAGCACGUUGAUGGGUGUUGGGUCCUUUGCAGCGUCGUUGCUGUUGUUUUGACUUCCAGUCAUCAGGGAAAUCCCGUCUGGAAUAAACUAAAUGCAAAUACAAGACAAGUACAUCAUGUACAAGACGCUGAUGCACUGAUUGGCUUAGGUUGGAAAAGUAAAGGGUACGUUUAUCGGUUAUUCCAGCUCAACAGAAAUUCCUCUAAUGUGAUGAAAGGAAAGUACCCCCCAUUCAGCACAUGUCCUAAUGUGUUGGUGAGCGACUGUCUGGAAGUUCAGAUGACGAUGAUCCGAUAGUAGCCACAUCCAUCACCAUAUACAUGAUGAAGCCAUCGCUUCUGUUCUCUUCGUGCCAAAAAAGGUUCUUUGGAAAUGUCUUUGAGAUUCGGAGGAGUUGGAACACGUCACGCCGGGUUCAGACGCCACGAUCUGACGAACACCGUGCGUCGGGCGUGACAUGUGAUCACAUUAUCUGAGACGGUGUGUCAUCGUGGACGACUUGAUGACCUCACAACAUCCUGACUGAACGUCAGCAUGCGUUCCCUCAUGUCCAUGACGUUGCCCGGUGAGAGCAAAGAGCUCAAACAUGACGCAGCUCAACAGGAAGGUUAUUCUUUUCCUUUCUUUCUUUUUUUCAAGGCUUUGACUGAACAGCCAGCAUCACGCACAACACCGUUGUUUCUUUCUUUGCAUUCUUCUACCUUCUCGAUGGAAUCGCUGGUGAGAGUUUUGAUGGGCCGGUAAUCUGUCACGUCUCCACUCCCACACAGCGACCACCGUAACAGACGAACAUCUAGCGUAGUCUGAGCCCGGCAGUAAGGAUGGCUGGAACUAGAGAUUUCAUUCUUCUUGGAUUAUUAUGGUUCGACACUUGAUGAAGGUCAGACAGAUGGUGAACUACAUGAAGAUCGCGGUCAACGUAGCAUCUCAACUCAGUCAUUGUGUUGUGAUUGGAUACAAUCAACUGAGCCUAGCAGGAAGGAUGUGAAACCAGAAAUAGGUGGUGAAAGCUGGACAGACACAACCUCACCAUCUUUCUCCCAUAAGGAAGUCAAACUCACACAACGCCAAGAAAAAUAUCUUCCUGGCAGCUCAACUCAACUAUAAACCUGGUUGUGUGUGGGGGGGGGGGGGGGGACCCAGGAAAUGGAAAUGAGUGAUACAACAUACGGUUUCUUUCCUUGAGAGAUGAUGUAGAAGGUUCUGAAGUUAUUUUGUGUGUCAGCAGUAGGCGAAAAUGUUGACAUCUAGUCACCUCACACACACACGUCACCUUCUGGGCAACAUGGUCCUGUUCUUCCUAGAAGUUUUUACCAUCGUUCCACCAGGCCACACAACACAGGCAGCGUGGCGUUGGCGGUGUCCACUGACUUCAGUGAGAAAUGCUAAUAAUGGGAACGUUGGUAAAGCUUGACCACUGUGACACCGCUCAUCAUGGUCUGGGUGCGGGCAACUGAUGGAAUGAACUUCUAAUGUAGGAAAAAGAACAAUUGCAAGGUGGGGGCAUUACAUGAUUUAUUACAACAAGAUAUAUAGAGGUAUAUUUCAGCCACAGAAACAUGUAAAUGUAAGAAUGAAGGCACAAUGUCUAUCCCCCGCUCAUGGGAUGGGGGCAGGGGGGCUUGGUGCUGUAACUGGUGGCCAAAAGGUAUCAAUGUGACACGACUGCCACUUCUCAUCUCUGAGGACAUUGAAUAUUAGGUAAUGCUGCAACCAAAUACACCCAAACAUUCCUCAAAAAGAGUUUGCCUUCAUGACGUCCAAGUCAAAGGGGAAAGCACUACAUUUGGAUAGAGUAGUAGCACAGAUGUUUCUUUGCAGGGAGAGGGGAGGAAGUAGUUGGGCGACAUAACCUUUUGAGAUCAUGAAAUUCCAACCGUCCUGUCAUUCAAUGACUUGAUGAAAGCAUCGGAGGAAAGAUGAGGUCCUCGCCAUUAAGAUUUGUCUCGAUGGUCCAACCAUUCCAUAUCCCAAGCAUUCCUUAUCCUUCUUUAGGGUCACGGGGUGCUGGAGCCGGUCCCAGCUGACAUUGGGCGAAGGUAGGGUUCACCUGGACAGUCCAUCUCAGGAUGGACCAACUGGAUUUGUGAAAAUUCUUGCGAGAUUCCCACUGUCCACGACCCAGACCCUGACAAUAAGAACCGGUCCCAGUGGCGUCGCCCCGUGCGACAAAAUGUGAAACACAAACCCUCGAACGCCCGCCGGGAUUUGAAUCAGAGUACAAAGAGACAAGAGACCGCCGACAGUGGAGAGCUGCACCAUGUACACACUCCCAACCCAAACCGUGAACUGGGUGAAGAAGAUGGUACCGGUGUGACUUUAAAUAUGUUAAAUGUCUCCACAAACGAGAAGUUUCCAGGUUUCUUGAUUUCCGUCACAAUGCCUUUUGCUUUUUCUUCGGAUGAGGCAAGAGGAGAGAAAAGCACAACGCGAGUCAAAGGCAUACCGUGGCAUGAGGCUGUAGCCCUUUAACCAAACCCGCCCAGGCACAGCUCGGCUGCUAUGAAGUCUGAAUUCUGUGUCAGAAACCUCUUUGGUUAAACAUAUAAAGCACAUACACAGAGGAUGUAUAUGUAGUGAAAUAUACAGAAUAUGUACAGAGCACAGAAAGAACCAGAUGUGUUUACAUGAUCCACCUGCCCAGCAAAUAUGGAAUAUUCCAUCUAUUAUUUGCGCUUUUUCCUCAUGAGAAAUACCUUUUUUUAGGGUUUAUGUAAUUUUUUUACAAUCAUUCCAUGUAACCUUUUGUAUCUUGAAUGAUUUCGACGUGUUGUUACACUCAUGAACCCACCAUACCAGCAGUUGUGCAUGUGCUAGCCACGCCUCAUGUACUACGUCACCGCCAGUCAUUUAGAAAACCAAGCUGCUUUGUUUUUAGAGAUUUUAAAGUACUUUUUCGAGGGUUCCAGAGCAUUAUUUCCACGGAAUAUGGUAUAAAUUAUUGCUUACGUUUUGUAAUCAAGUGAAUUUCAUCUCGUAAUUAUUGUCAAAGUUGUGGUUGUAAGGUAAGACUGUGCAGACUUUUAAAAUCUAUCUGGACUUUUACUUACGGUUUUCAUAUAGUUACAAUAAAGGCCUGGAACUGUGGGCAAAAUACAUUUAAAAAAAACAUCUAGCAAUGUACAGCCUGCAUCUUAAAAAAUGGUUGUAAAAAAUAUGUUAGCUGACAUUUUGACAACACUAGUAUGGUUCUUUAAGUUUGUUUAGGUCAAUGUUUUGUUACAUUAGACAUUCACAGGGCUCUCAAGUGUCUUGUUCUUUGAGUUUACAUGGUCUUCUGGACACGUGAAAGAUCCACAUGAUCAUACUGGAUGAAUAUAUAUCAUCUAAAGUCUGGUGUGGCGCCAGAGGACGUUGUGUGAAGUUGUAACAUUCGCCUCGUGUCAUGUCAGUUGAGUCAGCAUUGGUUGGCUCUCAAACAUCUAGAUGUGUGGAGUUAGAAAGAACUCAGCAACCAGGAGACCUCAGCCUCUACGAGCAUUCCUAGGGAUUCAUAUAAGGGACUCCAUAUUUUUUAAAUAUCGACCGACAUAACCCAGCGACAAGUCGUAGUGAACAUCUCCAUUCAAACGACACCUGCUCUCGGCCCUUUGUGUGCCUGGAUAUAGACUUAUGACUAUUUGUAUGGACUCGCUCGCAGCCAAUCACUGAAAGGCGUUAUGAGCGCUCACCACCGGAGGGCGCUGUGCAGUGCGAUGGUGGUUAGCUAGCCAGUGGGACACAACGCACUCUAUUAAUAUUGGUAUCACUUUAAGGGUUCAUCAUUUAAUAACGUGGGUUUCAGGGUGGCUUAUCUUUAGUAGUUACAACAACAGAAAAGCUAUCUGUAAUGCCCUAAUUCACCAGCAGAGGUCCUCGCGAGUUUAUCUGCCAGCAUUCCAGUUGUAUGGGGGGAAAAAAACGUUCAACGGUUCAUGCAAUAAAUGUAAAGUUUGUUUGCUCAAAGUAAACGAUGAGUGGACAGCACCAUCGUGGACGUAUUAGAAAGUACGACUGAAGGUGAAGAAGAUAGACGUUUCUUCUGUGUAGCCGACUGUGUCAAUGCAGCCUUAUAUCAUUUGGGGAUGCAAAGCAUCCGAUGAAAGUUUAUUUGCAGUGUUUCUCAAAUCUAGUGUAGCCUUUGUUUACUCAUCACCAAGAUAUAUAGGUAUACUGAUAUCCUGCAUAUGAUGUGUACUGAUAUCUACGGAACAUCAAGCUACCUCAGUUUGUUUCAUGGACCCAACGCCCUCCUCCACCUCGGCAAUAUCGUUUUCUUCUGUAACGCAGGCGAUACACAGGUCCCGGUGUUUGUAGUCAGACUGAAAAUGGAAAAAUAGAUCAACACAUCGUAUUCCGUGUCCUCCAAAGUAUAGAAGCCUCGAGAGGGAAGUGGGAGAUAAUAAUUCUGUUCAUUUAUUUUCUGAGUCUGAUCUGAACUGUUGGCCAGGAUGACUUUUGUAAUAUCUCUUAUUUUUUUAUCCUGUUAAGCAUGUAGGGAAUUUCCUUUAUGCCAGGUGAAAAAAAUCGUAUUUAUUUAACCUCUGAACACUUGCAAAAAUGUGUUUGUUGACAGAGGCGUGCACCACCCCGUAUUCCAAAUUCCUUAACAUCCCUUUCUAACAGACACUUUAUGUUCAUAAGAUUAGAGUAGAGCGUGGAUGGAGAAUUAAAAACUCACCUGGAAGUAAAUGUGAAUGCUUUUCGCCUGACUUCAAACAUGGUGGAGUGGUGCACUUCAGCCCCUUUGUGGACAAAAUGAGUAUCACAACAACAAACACUUUUUUCAAGACAAAUUAUGCAAACAUAGAAUCCUUUAAAAAACGAGUUCCUCCGUCAUGAAGACAGGAGAUCUAUUUGGAUCAGCAGAAUGUUUCUGUCACUUCUUCUCAAGGCCUCCAUACCUAAGCUGCCCCGUGACACAUGAAUCUGGCCCUUGGCUUCAUAUUUCUGUCAGUAAAGCACCAUCCAUGAACAGAGCCAUCAAAGAAGGAGGCCUUUGGUCUGCCUGGAGAUGUGUUGAAUCUCUGUUCAGACCACACACAAAGAGGCUGUCAUAGAAAGAUGAACUCUCUGUUUGGUCCCCUCACUCUGGUCAUAACUCUGAAGAGCUGCUUUCCAUGUUUUGUUUGCCUUAACAAAAAGAAUAUAUCUCUA